AUUUUUAGUACAGUGUAAGAGCAACGUUUGACACCAAGACAGAUAAAUAUCAAUUGCAAAAUGUAAACUGCAAACGAAUUUCGUUGCAUACUAUAAAUAAAACCGACUGCAUUUUAUUAUAAAUAUUGUAAAAGGCGAAAUUUGGAUCUCUGACAAAAAAUUUCGCGUAGAAAGAAAUGUCGGAAGAUUCGAAAUGUGAAGUGUGCCAAAACCCGGCGGAACAUCGAUGUGGAAGUUGCCACGAUGCUCAUUAUUGUUGCAAGGAACACCAGAAAAUCGAUUGGAAAAACCACAAGCGCAAUUGUCGACCAUUUAAGGUCCAUUCCAAUGAUAUCUUAGGCAGACAUAUCAAAGCCACGAAAGGCAUCAAUCCUGGCGAUAUAAUCCUUCAGGAAAAUCCGUUAAUAUGGGGUCCAGCGCAAACUACCGUACCGGUUUGUCUUGGAUGUUGUCGAGCAAUAAACGAAAAUAACAGUAAACCCUGUUCCAAAUGCGGUUGGCCAAUGUGUAGCUCAUUAUGCGAGAAGGCUCCAUGUCAUAUACCGGAAUGCCGGUAUACCGUGUUGAGAGGAGACAAGAUCUCAAUUAGAAAUUUUGGAAUAACUCAUCCUAGUUACAGUUGCAUCACAGUCCUUCGAAUCCUUUAUCAAAAGCAAUUCCUGCCCGAAAUUUGGAAGAAAAUCAAACAGCUACAAUCGCAUCACGAAGAAAGAAAAGGAACUCAGAAAUACGAACAAGAGAGAUUGCAGAUUGCUCAGUUUAUUUUGAAAUUUUUCAAACUAGAUGGAGUUUUCAGCGAAGAGGAAAUUAUGAGAGUAUGCGGAAUCGUUACGGUAAACUCGCAUGAAGUACCCCUUACUGAACCGCAUCACAUAGCUAUUUACGAUAAAACAUCGAUGUUCGAACAUAAUUGCAGAGCAAACUGUUCCAAAACCUUUUCCAGUCAUGGAGGCAUCAUAAUAACAGCUGGCACUCGAAUUAAAAAGGGGGACAACCUGAGUAUCUGUUACACUGAUCCACUGUGGGGUACGGCGAAUAGAAGACACCAUCUUAAAGAAUCUAAAUUCUUUUGGUGCCAUUGUUCUAGAUGCUUGGAUCCAACGGAGUCAGGAACAUUUUUUAGCGCCCUGAGAUGCCAAGAUAGUAAUUGUAAGGGUUAUCUCCUUCCGAAAACCUUCAUAGACAACACCACCAAUGACAAAGGAUUCGACUGGUACUGCGACAAAUGUCCUAGCAUCCUUUCGUCUUAUUCGGUUCAAGACCUCCUAGAUAGGAUAGGAAAAGACUUGUCCGAAAUGCCUAAAGGCGAUAUUAGAGAAUGCAAAAGUUUUAUAAACACUUACGAAGAACUGCUGCAUCCGAACCAUUUUUAUUUGAUUGAUGUAAAGUUAGCACUGUUACAAUUGAUCGGAAAUGUUAACGAUGUGAAUGAAUUGAAAGAAAUCGAUGAUGAAGAUUUGGAAUUGAAUUUGAAGCUAUGCCAGAAUUUGAUAGCUCUAGUAAGGAACUUAGUUCCAGGUGAAAAAAGAAUAAGAGGCCUGCUACUGUUCAAGCUUCACGCUGCAGUAGCAGAAGCUGGUAGAAGAAAAGCGUCACCUGACAUAGUAUAUGCUUCUUUAAUGGAAGCUAAGAAGAUUCUCCAGGAAGCAGUAGAUCUUUUGAAACACGAACCAAUCGAAUUAGUUGAGGGGAAACUUUACAAACAGGCUGUUGCGAAUUUAAAAGAGUUGGAACUGGUGAUACAGACCAUACAUAUGGCUAUGGGGGAUAUAGCUUCACCUAUGUAAUUGCUUAAGAAUUUUG